AUGAAGGAUGAUAUUGAUGAAACUAUAUCAUUAAUUCAAGAAAUUGAGAAAUAUCCUCAAUUAUAUGACCACAAUUUAGCAGAGUAUAGUAACAGAAGGACAGCAGAAUUGAACUGGACAAAAAUUGGGAAAAAAUUUAAUGAAACUGGGAAAACCAAAUGGAAAGGAAUACGUUCGUCAUACAUUCGCAGUCUUAGUGCUAAAGGUAAAAGUGGAUCUAGUGCCGGUUCAAAAAAACCAUAUUACCUAGCAAAAUACCUGCACUUUCUGAAUGCAUUCAGAAAGAAUUACCCCCAAGAAGGAAAUCUACAAUCUGAACCAUCUACUAAAGAACCCGAAAAUCUGGAUGAAGAAUCGCACGAAGAAACCGGGACUCAUGAAGCUGCUUCCACAGACAGUGAAUCCAGAGAUAGACAAAUCUCAGUGGAUUUUGAUGAUUUGGGCGAAAGUCAAUACUCUUUUCCAGAUACUCCCCGUGCAGGUCACUCUACGACUGAUAAUACGAAUCAACAAGCAGAUAUAAGCAGUCUUAGCAAUCCAGAAAGCCUAACUCUUGGUAGGAAACUAACCGGCAAACGGGUGAAAACAAGUUCAUACAAUACCAGAGGACUUAAUGCUGCAGAUAAAUGCGCAAUAGAUUACUUUACUUUAAAGAAGAAAAAAGCAGAAACAGUGACUACUUCUUCACAACAAGAAAAACCAAAUUCUUGUGAGAUGUUUCUUCUAAGUCUCGUGCCCCAAAUGGAAUCAAUGACCUUACGGCAACAGUUAUCAUUUCAAAAAGGCAUUUUGGAGCUAAUCGAAAACAUUAAAUAUCCAUUGCAAUCAGAUUCUGGCCAACAAGACCUUCCAAAAGUGACUGCAAGAUCGUAUUACACUUCAUUUGAUGUAGGAUACAAAGAACAGCAAACUCACCCACAAGAUUUUACACCUGCACAGCCAUCCUAUUCACAUACCCAUUCGCAGCAAACCACUCACCUACAAGAUCUUACCGGUGAUGCAUAUCCCAUUUAUCCAAAUACGCAUUUGCAGCAAACCACUCACCUACAAAAUCUUGCACCUCCACAGGCGCACUUUAGACGUUUGGUAAACAAAGAAACCGAGGCGUUUUUCAAAAAUGUGCAUCCUGACAAUAAAAACGAUUCAAAUAUAGCCAGGCGGGGCAGUCGUUCUAAUUUAUAUCCUGAAACCAGUGACCAAAACAAUACAUUGUCAUGUAGUUCGUCAUCAGAAUGUUCUUUUAAUGAAAACCAUUUCACAAAUACUGAAAAUUUGAUAAACGACAGUCUCGAAAAUAAUUGUUUCUUAGACAAUGGUUUUGAUUCAACACAUUCCGGUUUAAGUACUUCUGAUAACGACAUUCCAAAUAUAGAAAAUAUUGCGCCUUCCCAUAAUAACCAACUGUCUUUACAUGAGGAAAUGCAAAACUGGGCUGUAAAAUUUCAAAUAAGUCACGCGGCACUAAAACAUUUUUUAACAGUAAUUGCUCCACGUAUUCCGGGUUGUGAAAAUUUUCCUAAGGAUCCCAGAACUUAUUUAGACUAUGCUGAGCAGCUAUUAGAACACUUCGUUAAAUCAACAAAAAUCAUCUAUGGGACUCAUUAUCUUAGCCAUAAUUUUCACAAUCUUUUACACAUCGUUGACGAUGUUCGUAAUCACGGGUGCCUUGAUAACUUUAGCAACUUUUCUUCCGAAAACCAUUUGCAAUAUAUAAAGAACCUACUUCGUAAACCUUCAGACGUACUAAGCCAAAUUGUUAAACGAAUUAAUGAAAUCGAAAAACAUUUAUCGUUAAAAAACUGCAAUUUAUUAGGUGCACAAAAUUUUGAAAUGGAAAAUCCCCACAAUGACGGAGUGCUGGUUAAUGAUUGUGGAAGCCCUCAGUUUAAAAGAUCUUUAUUUACUGCCCGAGUAAGCACCGGAAAUUUGCCCGAAACUGAGCAAGACAUCAAUAUUCUGGAUGAAGAUACAAACAGCCAGUUAUCAGAAUCCCGAUUAGAACCAAAUAAUCAAAACUUGGAUGAUUCUACUUAUGCCGAUGAACCACCAUUGAUGAACGUUUCGUCACAGAACAAAACCAGUGAACUGACUUCUACACCUACAAUUAACAAAUUAAAACGAAAGAACCAAAAUGACACAGAUGUUGGUGCCGCACUUAUAAGAUUAGAAGAACAAAAAAUCAGGAUUCUAGAAAAAGAAAAGAAAAGUCAAACACUUGAUGAAGACGAUUGCUUUUUUGACAGCCUUCUACCGCAUAUACGCUCACCCCACAAAGAAAAAUGUUAUUAA